AUGAAGUUGGAGGUGUUUGACCCCCGCGCGGCCCACGGGGACAAGCCGGUUAGUGAUCUGGAGGGUGCAGGCGGGAGCAACGCGCCAUCUCCGCUGUCGGCAGCUGGCGACGACUCCUUGGGCUCGGACGGGGACUGUGCGGCCAACAGCCCCGCGGCGGGCAACGGCGCCGCGGAGCUGGCGGGCGGUGGCGAGCCAAGCCCAGGCGGGGGACCGGGCGAGGAGGAGGAGGGCCCAGCGGUGGCUGCGGCGGCGGGGCACGCGGAGGCCUGCGCGGUGGGGCCGGGUGCGGGGAGCGCGGUGGGCGGCGAGGGCGCGCGCAGCAAGCCCUACACUCGGCGGCCCAAGCCCCCGUACUCAUACAUCGCGCUCAUCGCCAUGGCUAUCCGCGACUCGGCGGGCGGGCGCCUGACGCUGGCCGAGAUCAACGAGUACCUCAUGGGCAAGUUCCCCUUCUUCCGCGGCAGCUACACGGGCUGGCGCAACUCGGUGCGACACAACCUCUCGCUCAACGACUGCUUCGUCAAGGUGCUGCGCGACCCCUCGCGGCCCUGGGGCAAGGACAACUACUGGAUGCUCAACCCGAACAGCGAGUACACCUUCGCCGACGGGGUCUUCCGCCGCCGCCGCAAGCGCCUCAGUCACCGGGCGGCGGCCCCCGCACCUGGGCUUCGGCCCGAGGAGGCCGCUGCCCACCCCCCUGCCGCACCCCCGCCGCCCGCACCCGCCGCCCCGGCUUCUCCCCGCGCGCGCUCGCCUGCCCGCCAAGAGGGGCGCUCCAGCCCGGCGGGCAAGUUCUCCAGUUCCUUCGCCAUAGACAGCAUCCUCAGCAAACCCUUCCGCAGCCGCCGCGACGGGGAAGCGGUCCCCGGGGCGCGCCUGCCGUGGGGCGCCUCGCCCUGCCCGCCGCUGCCCACAUAUCCCGCAUUACUCCCCGGCGCCUCUGGAGGGGCUCUGCUGCCGCUGUGCGCGUAUGGGACGUCCGAGCCGGCGUUGCUGGCCGCUCGCGGAACCGACGCGCAGCCCGCGGUGCCACCCGCCGCACCUCACCUCCUGCUCGCGCCCCUCUCCUCCUCGGCCCCAGCCAAGCCGUUUCGAGGCCCGGUGGCCGGCGGCGGCGCGCACCUGUACUGCCCCCUGCGGCUGCCCGCGGCCCUGCAGGCGUCCUCGGUCUGUGGCCCCGGCACGCACCUGCCUUACCCAGUGGAGACGCUUCUGGCCUGAACAGAGCCGCGGAGCCCCCCAAAGGUGGGCGCCUUUGGGGAGGCAGGAAACGCAGGCCGGGGCUUUGUAUUUUUCUAGACAGACAAAAAAAAAGAGAGAGAGACGUUAAUAGAAAAGUCUCCAUCAAACGUGCCUUAAAGCUAAAG